GAGGAUGGAUAGAGCCUGGUGAAGAGAAGAAAACGACAAAAAGGCUGGAGAAGGCUCUUUUCCCACAGCUCCCCAGAGGGUUUCAUGUAGAGUUUAAACAGUAAAAGAGAUGCUGAUAGAGGUAACGACCAAGGAUUCUCUCGACUCUCGCUCCUCUAAGGAUGACCCAGUCAUCACAGACAGAAGAUUGGUUUGACUACGUUGGAAAUGGACAGGAGCUCUGAGAUAAUCUGUCAUUUCCUUUCAAGGUGCUCUGUCACUCCAUCUGCCUCUGUGUCCCUUUUACUUUUGGUCUUUCAUUCUCUCUCUCUCUUCCUCUCUAUCUUUUUCUCUCUUUCAUAAAUGCAUAGUGGUUUGAGUUUUUUUCACUGCAGGCCAUUUCCUUUAGUAAGCUGAAUAAAAUGCAAAUGCAGAUGAUGAGAAUGAAAGCAGGAAAGAGCUGUUCUAUGGUUUUGUUCCUACUGGUAUGGAGCCUAGUAACAGAAGAGCCUGAAUAAAAUGUAGGGAGGAAAAAAAGCAUUUCUUUAUAAAGUGCUCAGAGCACAAAUGUUACACUAUCCCUAGAAAGUAGAGACUUUGCAGAUUUGAAUGCAUACGUUGUGUUAACAUGCUUACUAUGCAACUUUAAAAAUUAAAACCUACAAGAGAUUCUGUCGAAUGUAGACUAUAUAAUCACUGAAUGAAGUGUAUAACUUACGUUUCAGUGUUAACAAGCAAUCUAAACUUAAACAGUGUUCACAAUUAGUUAUUCCAUUCAUAACUUUGUGAAAUGUGAAUUUCACAGUUUUUAUAGUCUUAAAUUUUUCCUUUAGUGUAUAGGAUUCUAUGUUAUUAUGCUGCCUACAGCACCAUAUACCAGAUACAAUAAAAACACUAAUAUACAAUGAGCAGGCCAGUUUUGACCACAGAAUCAACCAGUAUUUCAUGGCUAUAAUAACAAAUUCCUGUAAAUACAGUACUGUACAUUUUGUCAAUAUCCUUAUAGCUUGAUUCAGCAUCUCAUGUGCUCUUUUUGACAGGAGCUUUAAUGUCUGCUGCGUAGCACUGGGUUAUUCAGUCUGAUGUGUUGUGAAGGUGAGAGGCAAAGAAUGACACAAAAGGAAAGAUAAUCCCAGCCAUCCUGCCUCUGUAAAGCAGCUUUCUCUGAAAGAAGUCCUUGUGUGCUUAGCAGAAGCACUGAGACUCACCUGCGGAAGAGAAAGAGAUGUAAAUCGUAAUCACUUAAAGAAGCGAAAAGUGCCCACUGAAAACUCCCCUGUUAAACAACUAUCCGUGUAUAUAUUAGUUCUAUACUUAAUUUGUAUCUUAUCAAGGACUGCAUUUACUCAGUGAUGAAAUAGCGUGGCUUUUUUUGUUUUUGCUGUUGGUGUAAAGAAGCACAAGCUCUGUCUAUUAUCUUGAUAGGAAAGAAGGUGAGGCCAAUUACAGGUUUCAUUUCAGUGUUAGUGAUGAUGCUUAUAUACCUGAAAUAGGUAUUGUUUAGAAAUCAUGGAAACCUAUAUUUAAAAAAAAAGGUUUAGAAACAAAAUAGUAAAUAGGGGGCUGAGGUGCAGAGCUGUAUCUGUGUGUGAUUUAAUUCUAAUUUUGCUAUGUUUCAUAAGAGCACUGCCAUGGAAAAUAUACAGUUUGAUUAAUGUAAUUCCAUAUAAUAGGUCAAAUAUGUCUCAUAUAUACUCACAGACUCAAAGAUAUCAUGAUGGGGCUGUUUUCUUUUUACUCAGGCACCCAUAAAAGCUUUUCUUCAUAUGUUACAAAACUACACUUUUUGCCCUGGGUGUAUUAUAUUAUGAUUUAGUGGGAACAAGGCUCAAGGCUGUGUCAGGGUGAGACACACGCAGUGUGAUCAGGUUUACAUAGUGUAGUAAGGACGUUUAGUAAGGGUUCAAUAAUGUAAAACUUUACUUCUCCUACCAUCAGCACUGUGGAGACUGUAGCACAGUGACUGACUGAAGCCACACAUUAAAGCACUAAGUAAGAAGAGGAUUUUUCUCCUUACCUACCCGUAUACAUCAACUGCAGACUUCAUUAUGAAUCUCUUUGGCCUCCACUGCAUCUAUUUCUUAUGUAUGCUUUUCUAACGUCUCUGAGCUCCGCCCCUCGCUCAGCAGACAGCCAAUAAGCGCGGGUCGUGCGCAAAGCCCCGCGUCCCGAUUGGAUGAAGGACGCGGAAGAUUCGCGCACGCCAGGCUGAACGUAAACACUCGCGUAGUCUCCGGCGCAGAGGGAGGAGCGCAUCAAACUGUCAGAGGACGAGCGAGGAGGGAGAAAGAGCAAGAAGUGUGGAAUUUCUCAUCAAAUGCGCAUAAAUUAAUAUAAUUUAGGCAUGAUUAGAGGGAUUUAUGGUUUAAAUCAGGUGGAGCAUGCAAGCAGAUGAAAGAUGAGGACCAAGAAAAAGUGAGAAGCAAAAGCCAGCCAGCAGCUGACGGGACAAGCUGGAAGUUUACAAAGCGAGAAUCCUCCCGAGCUUGUCCUUUUCUGAGUGAAGGUAUCUGUCGAUGAUGUGCUUCCAUGUGGGAUUUACGUGAUCGGGACCCUUUCAAGGCUUUUCGUCUGCACGGUUAUGAACUUAUUUUAAAGCCUUAAAAAAAAAAUAAUGACUUUAUGAAAGGAAUAAGCAUUUGUUCAAAGGUGCGUUUUUUUUACCCUGCAAAAUGUGGAUUUCUACUUUAAAAGUACAUGCACUCUCUAAACAUUUUGGGGAUCUUUAAUUUGAAGACUUCUCAUCGUACGAAGCCAAUAAUAAUAUUACCAAGAACUGUUUUCCAGUUUGAAUAAUUCAUGAACCAGUGCGCUCCAUCGACGGCUGGAAAAAAGUUACGGAAAUACGGGGAGGAGGAAUAACAAGUAGACUUGUUCGGAGUGGUAAGCUGGGAUGGCCACAGCGGCUUCCAAUCCUUACCUGUCCAGCAACAGCAUACUAUCCUCAUCAGGCUCGGUCGUGCACUCGGAUUCCGGAGGUGGCAUGCAGCCAGGAAGCGCUGCCGUUACUUCAGUCUCAGCCGGAUACAGAGGAGAUCCCGCGGUCAAAAUGGUGCAGAGCGAAUUUAUGCAAGGAGCCAUGGCGGCCAGUAACGGGGGCCACAUGCUAAGCCAUGCGCAUCAGUGGGUCACCUCGCUGCCUCACGCUGCUGCCGCUGCCGCGGCCGCGGCAGCCGCGGCAGCCGAAGCCGGAUCGCCUUGGUCCACCAGUCCCGUGGGAAUGGCGGGCAGCCCGCAGCAGCAAGACGUCAAGAGCACUUCGAACCGAGACGAUCUGCACUCUGGUAGCGCGCUGCACCACCGAGGCGGUCACGGAGCUCACCAGGCGCACCAAAGCGCAUGGGUUGGAACCACGGCGGCGGCGCACAUCAGCACCAUCACCGCGGGCCAGCAGCAGUCCCAACAGUCUCUCAUUUACUCUCAGCCAGGUGCGUUUACCGUCAACGGGAUGCUUAAUCCCGCCAGCAGUUUGGUUCACCCUGGUCUGAUGCGCGGUGAUUCGCCCGAAAUGGACCACGGCAGCCACCAUCAUCACCACCACCAUCAUCAUCCUCACCACCACCCCCAUCAGCAGCAGCAGCAGCAACACGCGCACCAUCCUCACGCGCAGCACCACGGCGGCGUGAACAGCCACGACUCGCACUCUGACGAGGACACGCCGACUUCCGACGACCUCGAGCAGUUCGCCAAGCAGUUCAAGCAACGUCGCAUCAAGCUCGGCUUCACGCAGGCCGAUGUCGGCUUGGCCCUCGGCACGCUCUACGGUAACGUUUUCUCGCAGACCACCAUCUGCAGGUUCGAGGCGCUGCAGCUCAGUUUCAAGAACAUGUGCAAGCUCAAGCCGCUGCUGAACAAGUGGCUGGAGGAAGCCGACUCGAGCACCGGCAGCCCUACAAGCAUCGACAAAAUAGCGGCGCAGGGCCGCAAGCGCAAGAAGCGCACCUCCAUCGAGGUGAGCGUCAAAGGGGCCUUGGAGAGUCACUUCCUCAAAUGCCCCAAACCUUCGGCGCAGGAGAUCACCACAUUGGCGGACAGUCUGCAGCUGGAAAAGGAAGUGGUUCGUGUUUGGUUCUGCAACCGGAGACAGAAGGAGAAGAGGAUGACACCGCCUGGUGUAGGCCAGACGCCAGAGGACGUGUACUCUCAGGUCGUCAACGAGAGCUUUGUGGUAGAUUGCUUAAAAGAUGCAAGUUUGAAAGAUGAAACCGACGACCAGGUGGACACAACUUCGAGCUCAUAUCGCCAGCUCAUUUUGGUGCAUUAACAGCACAAGCAUAACAAAUCAAAACAAAACAAUAAAACAAACAAGCAAAAUAAAAAACCCAAACAGAUGUUUAUGGAUCGCCCUCGAGAGACAUGAGAGAAAUGACUGGCAGGAACUUGAACACAACCACCAAAUGAAAUGAACUGCGGCGUCGCCUUUCCCAAACUGAGGAAUUAUAUUAUUCGUUUCAACGAAAUAAUGUUUUUUUUUUUCUGGCGAGAUUCCUCACCAGAAACAUCUCUUUUUUUCGAAGAUUUGAUGUGUUACAAACUAUUUUCUAUUUCAUAGAUUUUCUUUCGUGGACCGGACUUCUGUGAAUAGUUUUCACACAUGAACAGGAUUUUAAAAUGCACUUAUUCGUCCUCUUUGUGGACACUUUUUUGGUUUGGCUGAAUAAUUGUGCACUUGAUCCCUUUUCUUUACUGCUAUUUCCACGCAGUAGAUUUUGGCCCAUUUUUGAUGAGUCUGUAUAAAUUUCACUAAAUGAAUUCUCAGUGGUGAUCAACUUGCUUUAUAUUUUUUACUGGAAUCACACCUUUUGGAGUAUUUGACAAAGUUCCCCGAAAUGUUGCGAGAUGUGACCUUUCUCUUCUAGAAGUAGCAUUUCAUGUGUACCCUUUUCCUCUCCUGCUUUCAUUCCCGAAAUCUAUACAGUUAGUAGGCUGACACAAUGGUUAUUAAAAUUUGCCUACAGAACAGCACAUUGAUAAAUCUGAUAGGCUGACAAUUCUUUUCCCUGUGAUUGUUAUUUAAGUUCAGUAUUGAUCCAGUCAGAGGUGAUUGAGAACAAUAAAUUUGAUAAAUUUAA